AUGUCUUCAGCACUCCGUAUUGGUUCUUCGGCCUUGCGGUCUUCCAUCACUGCUCAAACUUUCGCUAAAACCACAGCCUUCACUGGCCUGCGGUUCUACUCUGCCUCGAAAUCCCAGACUCUGAAGGAACGGUUCGCCGAGCAAUUGCCAGAGAAGAUCGAGCAGAUCAAGAAGCUCCGAAAGGACUACGGAUCCAAGGUGGUUGGCGAGGUCACCCUCGACCAGGUUUACGGUGGUGCUCGUGGAAUCAAGUCGCUGGUCUGGGAAGGUUCCGUUCUCGAUUCCGAGGAGGGCAUCCGAUUCCGAGGAAAGACGAUUCCAGAAUGCCAGGAGCUUCUCCCCAAGGCCCCAGGUGGAAAGGAGCCUCUGCCAGAAGGUCUUUUCUGGCUUCUCCUGACUGGCGAGGUCCCAUCUGAGCAACAAGUUCGCGACCUCUCGGCCGAUUGGGCCGCCCGCGCCGAAAUUCCCAAGUUCGUCGAGGAGCUCAUCGAUCGAUGCCCCAAUGACCUCCACCCAAUGGCACAAUUCUCCAUUGCUGUCAACGCUCUCGAGCACGAGUCUGCAUUCGCCAAGGCCUACGCAAAGGGCAUGAAGAAGAGCGAGUACUGGGGACACACUUUCGAGGAUUCCAUGGACUUGAUUGCCAAGCUCCCAACUAUCGCUGCCAGAAUCUACCAAAAUGUCUUCAAGGGAGGAAAGGUCGCACCAGUCCAGAAGGACAAGGAUUACUCUUUCAACUUCGCCAACCAGCUCGGCUUCGCAGACAACCACGACUUUGUUGAACUGAUGAGACUGUACCUCACCAUCCACACUGACCACGAGGGUGGUAACGUCAGUGCUCACACCACCCACUUGGUUGGCAGUGCUCUCAGCUCCCCCAUGCUGUCUCUUGCCGCUGGUCUGAACGGUCUUGCUGGUCCUCUCCACGGUCUCGCCAACCAGGAGGUCUUGAACUGGCUCACCAAGAUGAAGGCUGCUAUCGGUGACGACCUCAGCGAUAAGGCUAUCACCGACUACCUCUGGUCUACCCUUAAAGCUGGCCAGGUUGUUCCAGGCUAUGGACACGCUGUUCUCCGCAAGACUGAUCCCCGCUACAUGGCUCAACGCACAUUUGCCGAGUCCCACCUUCCAAAUGACCCUAUGUACAAGCUCGUGUCUCAAGUCUACAAGAUCGCCCCAGGUGUCUUGACUGAGCACGGAAAGACCAAGAACCCAUUCCCCAACGUCGAUGCCCACUCUGGUGUCCUGCUUCAAUACUACGGUCUGACCGAGGCCAACUACUACACUGUCCUCUUCGGUGUCUCCAGAGCCAUUGGUGUCCUUCCUCAACUCAUCAUCGACCGCGCAGUUGGUGCUCCUAUUGAGCGGCCCAAGUCCUUUUCCACCGAGAAGUGGGCUGAGAUCGUUGGAGCCAAGUUGUAA